CUCUUAUUGGGAAUGACAGACGUGGUCGAGAUACCGAAACCAAAGGGCGUGCAGCAGCUGCCGCAGAGUGUUUUCUUUUUUAGUGGAAUUUCUAUUUUAAUUUAGUUUUUAGUCAAUUGCAAAGUACAGGCAAAUAUUAGCACUAAAGUACUGUAUUAACUGAAUUCAUAUUAGUUAACCAAUCGAUAGCAAAUUUAAGUCUGGCCGCACCUCAGCUGCGUUUACAUAGCAGGCCAAGUGUUUUCCUGAAAUCAAAACAAAUUAUCGAUUUUUGCGUUCAGCGACGAAGUUGACAACGGGCUGUGCAAUAAUUUCAUAUUAUUAGUUCAAAGUGUCUCUCAGCCAAAUAAGCAAAUACAAAUCGCACAAUCAAGCAAUCCCUUAGUCCACAUCACAGUGAGAUGGCAGCCAAGCGUAAUACGGUAACCACACAAAUACCGGAGACCCCGCCGGAGGGCACGUCCCUGGCACUGGACACACGGCUCUCCCGCCACGUGGAGAGCGUAAUACCCAAGAAGCGCCAGGAGGCGCUCAAGUGGUACGGCUGGGGCUACAACGAUUCCCAGUUCUAUGGACAGCAGGGCAUCAUCUGCUUUAAAGGCGACAAAUACCCAUUGUCUGGUUGUGAGUUGCCCAGCUUUACGAAUUGGGUGAAAAGUAAAUUCAAUUUGGAUCUGGACGCCAAGAGGACGUAUCCACAGCUGCCGGAAACGUAUCCGAAGCCCGUGCAGAAUGCGCCCUUCCUCAAUGAGCUGCGUGGCUGCACCAAGGUGGAGCACUCCCUGGAGGGUGUGGAUCGCCUGGUGCGAAGUCACGGCCAGACGCUGAACGAUAUAUACAGCCUGUGGCACAACAAAUUUGAGCGCAUACCAGAUUUGGUGGUGUGGCCGCGCUGCCACGACGAGGUGGUGCAGCUGGUGAGGCUGGCGCACAAGCACAAUGUGAUGCUGUUGCCCUUCGGAGGGGGGACAAGUGUCUCGGGGGCCGUCACCUGCCCGCAGAAGGAGGAGCGCAUGAUCUGUGUGCUGGACACAUCGCAGAUGAAUCGCAUGCUGUGGCUCAAUCGUGAGAAUCUGACCGUUUGCUUUGAGUCGGGCAUCGUGGGUCAGGAUCUGGAGCGCGUGCUGCGCGAGCAGGGCCUGACCGUGGGCCAUGAGCCGGACUCGUAUGAGUUCAGUACGCUGGGCGGCUGGGUGGCCACGCGCGCCUCGGGCAUGAAGAAAAAUGUCUAUGGCAACAUCGAGGAUCUGGUGGUGCGCGUGCGCAUGGUCACGCCCUCGGGCACCCUGGAGCGGGAGUGCAGUGCGCCGCGCGUAAGCUGCGGCCCGGACUUCAAUCACAUCAUCCUCGGCUCCGAGGGCACGCUGGGCGUCAUCACCGAGGUCGUGCUCAAGGUGCGUCCAGUGCCACCCGUGCAGCGCUACGGCUCCCUGGUGUUCCCCGACUUCGAGCAGGGUGUGCUCUUUAUGCGCGAGGUGGCCCGGCGUCGCUGCCAGCCCGCCUCGGUGCGCCUCAUGGACAAUGAGCAGUUCCUAUUCGGCCAGGCGCUCAAGCCCGAGAAGAGCUGGCUGGCCAGCUGCCUGGAUGCGAUCAAGCAGCGCUAUGUGACCGUCUGGAAGGGCAUUGAUCUGACGCACAUUUGCGCCGCCACGCUGCUCUUCGAGGGCGAGCAGAAGGAUGUGCAGCGCCAGGAGGCGCUCAUCUAUGAAAUCGCCGCACGCUACAAGGGAUUUCCGGCAGGUGGCCAGAACGGAGAGCGCGGCUACUUAUUCACCUUUGUCAUUGCCUACAUUAGGGACUUUGCUCUGCAUCAGGGCAUUGUGGCCGAAUCAUUUGAGACCUCUGUGCCCUGGGAUCGCUGCAGUUUGCUGUGUCGCUGUGUGAAGCAGCGCGUUGUUUCGGAGUGUGCCAGGCAUAACAUUUUGCACUACACGAUCUCGGCGCGAGUGACGCAGACAUACGAUGCGGGUGCGUGCAUAUACUUCUACUUUGGAUUCCGCUACCUGAACAUACCCGAUCCGGUGGAGGUAUUCGAGGCCAUCGAGCACUGUGCACGCGAGGAGAUCUUGGCCUGCGGCGGCUCCCUGUCGCAUCAUCAUGGUGUGGGCAAAAUACGUAGCCACUGGUAUCGCAAUGCGGUGACCGAGACGGGCAGCGCGCUCUACAGUGCCGCCAAACAGCAUCUGGAUCCACGAAACAUUUUCGCGGCAGGGAAUCUGCUGCCAGCGCAGGAAAAGUUGAAGAAGCCUGCAGCAACAACAACAACUCCUACGGCAGCAACAGCUGCUCUGAAAGCCAAACUUUAGAGUAUAUUUCUAGAUAUCUAUAUAUAGAUACAUAUAUAGAAAUACUAGUCAAAAUCUCAUAACAAAUACCUUCGAAACAUUUCUAGCUGCUUCAAACCAUUCGCAUUUGGUUUGCAAUUUAAGUCGGGCUCACUUUUGUAUGGGUGUUACAAUUUUGAUAAAUAAAUGGAAUAUUUGUAUAAC